AUGCCAGGCAAAGUUGGCAGUCGUGAAGAGUGGCUUGCCGCUCGGAAGACUCUUCUCGAGAAAGAGAAAGAAUACACGCACCAAGGAGACAUUCUUGCUGCUGAGCGACGGGAGCUCCCCAUGGUCAAGAUAGACAAGGAGUAUGUGUUCCACGGCCCCGGCAACAAGUCACUUUCUCUCAGCGACCUCUUUGAUGGUCAAGAGCAACUUAUCGUUUACCACUUCAUGUUCGACCCCAAGGACGAUCGCGGAUGCCCUGGAUGCACUCACAUGGGCGAAUCGCUCCCCGACGUGCGUCAUCUCAAGUCAAAGGACACCAACCUCGUCGCCAUCUCUCGUGCGCCGAUAGACAAGAUCGAAGCGUACAAGAAGCUCGCCGGAUGGAAAUUUCCGUGGUAUUCCAGUGGCGACUCUGACUUCAACUACGACUUCCACGCCAGCUUGGAUGAAGCAGUAGCUCCCAAAGAGUACAACUUUGAGGCGCUCAAAGAGACUGACGCCAGAUUCAAGCCAUCCUUCAAGGGCGACAUUCCCGGAUUCAGCGUCUUUUUGAAGAAGGACGGCAAUGUGUAUCACACGUAUUCAACCUUCAUGAGAGGAGGAGAAAAGGUCCAGCCGACGCUGACUUUGCUGGACAUGACGCCUUUGGGCAGACGACUUGUUUCGCCUGGUGACUUUAAGCUACGAGAAGAGUAUGGAACGUAG